UGCAAAAUUAAAAUUAAAACGACAGAGACGCUUAGAAACAUCGCGGAAAAGUUAGUGUUUGUUUUCCCUGCGUUUUGAAACAUUGCGCCUGUGUGAGCGUGGUGUAAAUAGGCGCUCGUACUGUGAUGGGGGAUGGGGCAACUGAGAGCUCUCGUGCUCCACUAACUCAGCGCUCCCUUUAAUCUCUCUUUUCCUCUUUAUACCGAUGCUGUUUUAAAGUAGAAAUCGCAUUUCCCGUUACCGCAUGUGUUACGUGGCACCCGAAGACCAAAAAAAGUCGGCGUGCGAUUGAAUUUUGGUGCAAAAAGAGAUCAAAAUGUUUCCCACUGGAGCAGCUGGUGCUCCUGAGCCGAGUCAGGGACAUCAGUCCUCUGGGUCAGAUGUUUCUGCUCCCCUGUCUCCUAUAGCACAAGAAUAUGUCUUCAAACCGCCUCAAAGGCCAGACUUUGGCACGAUGGGUAGGACAAUCAAGCUUCAGGCCAACUUUUUUGAAAUGGAAAUACCCAAGUUGGAGGUGUACCAUUAUGAUGUAGACAUCAAGCCUGAGAAAUGCCCAAGGAGAGUUAACCGCGAAAUUGUUGAGCACAUGGUCCAGCACUUUAAAACGCAGAUCUUUGGAGAUCGAAAACCUGUGUAUGAUGGGAGGAAGAAUCUCUACACUGCCAUGCCUUUACCCAUUGGAAGAGACAAAGUGGAGUUGGAGGUCACAAUUCCAGGCGAGGGAAAAGACCGGAGCUUUAAAGUAGCUAUCAAGUGGGUGUCCUGUGUGAAUCUGCAAUCUCUACAUGAAGCAUUGUCUGGACGGCUGCCAAAUAUUCCCUUUGAGACCAUUCAGGCUCUGGAUGUUGUCAUGAGACAUUUGCCCUCUAUGAGGUACACCCCAGUUGGACGUUCAUUCUUCACUCCCUCCGAGGGUUGCUCCAACCCCCUAGGUGGAGGAAGAGAAGUCUGGUUCGGCUUCCACCAGUCUGUUCGACCAUCCCUCUGGAAAAUGAUGCUCAACAUUGAUGUGUCUGCCACUGCGUUCUACAAAGCUCAACCUGUGAUUGAGUUCAUGUGCGAGGUAUUGGAUUUUAAAAGCAUCGAAGAGCAACAGAAGCCCUUAACAGACUCCCAGAGAGUGAAGUUUACUAAGGAGAUUAAGGGCCUGAAGGUGGAGAUCACUCACUGUGGACAGAUGAAGAGGAAAUACAGGGUGUGUAAUGUGACCAGGAGACCAGCCAGCCAUCAGACGUUUCCCUUGCAGCAGGAGAAUGGUCAGACCAUCGAAUGCACUGUCGCACAGUACUUCAAGGAUAAAUACAAACUGGUGCUGCGAUACCCACAUCUCCCAUGUUUACAAGUUGGCCAGGAGCAGAAGCACACCUACCUUCCCCUAGAGGUCUGUAACAUAGUAGCUGGACAGAGAUGCAUCAAGAAACUGACAGACAAUCAGACCUCCACUAUGAUACGUGCCACAGCCAGGUCUGCACCUGACCGUCAGGAUGAGAUAAGCAAACUGAUGAGAAGUGCCAACUUCAACACAGAUCCUUAUGUGCGUGAGUUUGGAGUAAUGGUCAGAGACGAGAUGACUGAGGUCAACGGACGGGUUCUUCAGGCACCUUCAAUUCUCUAUGGGGGACGGGUAGGAACCUAUAACAAAGCAAUAGCUACUCCAGUCCAGGGUGUGUGGGACAUGAGAAACAAGCAGUUCCACACAGGAAUUGAGAUCAAAGUGUGGGCCAUCGCCUGCUUUGCCCCACAGAGGCAGUGUACAGAACUCCUUCUAAAGGCAUUUACAGACCAGCUUCGUAAAAUCUCCCGUGAUGCUGGGAUGCCCAUUCAGGGCCAGCCAUGUUUUUGCAAAUACGCCCAGGGAGCAGACAGCGUGGAGCCCAUGUUCAAGCACCUCAAGUACACUUACCAGGGCUUACAGUUGGUGGUGGUCAUCCUACCUGGGAAGACCCCUGUUUAUGCUGAGGUAAAGCGUGUUGGCGACACUGUUCUUGGCAUGGCCACACAGUGUGUCCAGGUGAAGAAUGUCCAGAAAACCACACCUCAGACCCUUUCCAACCUCUGCCUCAAGAUUAAUGUCAAACUGGGUGGUGUGAACAACAUUCUUCUUCCACAGGGCAGGCCCUUAGUAUUUCAGCAGCCAGUCAUCUUUCUGGGUGCAGAUGUGACUCACCCCCCAGCUGGAGAUGGCAAGAAACCUUCUAUUGCUGCUGUGGUGGGCAGUAUGGAUGCCCACCCGAGCCGAUACUGUGCCACGGUGCGAGUACAGCAGCACCGUCAGGACAUAAUUCAGGAUCUGGCCACCAUGGUGAGAGAGCUGCUCAUCCAGUUCUACAAAUCCACACGCUUCAAACCCACACGCAUCAUCUAUUACAGAGACGGCAUCUCUGAGGGGCAGUUCAACCAGGUUUUGCAGCACGAGCUGCUGGCAAUCCGUGAGGCCUGCAUCAAGCUUGAGAAAGAUUACCAGCCUGGCAUCACUUUUGUGGUUGUCCAAAAGAGACAUCACACCAGACUCUUCUGCAUGGAUAGAAAUGAACGGGUCGGAAAGAGCGGCAACAUUCCUGCUGGCACCACAGUUGACACCAAAAUUACUCAUCCAUCGGAGUUUGACUUUUACCUUUGCAGUCAUGCCGGAAUUCAGGGAACCAGUAGGCCCUCCCACUAUCACGUGCUGUGGGACGACAACCAUUUCACCUCUGAUGAGCUGCAGGUCCUCACCUACCAGCUGUGCCACACCUACGUGCGCUGCACCCGCUCUGUCUCCAUUCCCGCACCAGCUUAUUACGCCCACCUGGUGGCGUUCCGUGCACGCUACCACUUGGUUGACAAAGAACACGACAGCGCUGAGGGCAGCCACACAUCAGGUCAGAGUAACGGCAGAGAUCAAACGGCCCUAGCCAAAGCUGUUCAGAUCCACCAGGACACUCUUCGCACCAUGUACUUCGCCUGAACAUAGCCAGAAACAAGCCCCACAUUCUCUUUACAUCACGGUCUGUGUGUGUAUGCGUUUUUGUGUGUGUGCCCUGUUUAUGUAAUGGGUACAAAUAGAAAAAUAUGCUGUUAGGUUUCCAAAUGCCCAUGUAGAAAGUUCCAAACAUACUUUAAUAUCCUGUCAUGAAUUUUUAGGACUGUAAGAUGUGAAUUCAAUCAUUUCUUUUUAUUUUGUUUGGUGGGCAAGGGUGUGUUUUUCUGUUGUACAUGUGCAUGUCAAAUUAGAGGUUAACAUGUUUACAUAGUCAAUCCAAAAAUGUAAACUAUUUUUAAAUUGAAAGUUACAUUUGCAUUGGGGGGCGUCAGAUUCGGUUUUUAUAGCCAAGGCCGGUGAUGGAGACUAAACAGUAGUAUUUACAAACUCGUCAAACCAAUGGGUCAGGGUUAGUUAAGGACAAAACGGAUCAGGUUAAGCGAUUGUGGGGGAUGCAGUUUCCACACCUUAAUUAUUUAUCAGCGAAGCAAGUGCACUGACAAGAAGGGGACUUCAGGACAAAAGUACUUACCCUGUUUUGUUUCAUUUAUGUGUGCUAAUAUGAAUUUUAUCUUGGUGUCAUUUAAUGUUCAAGUCCGAGCUCAGUCAACCUACUGUACCUGUCCUUCACGAUUGAUCGGGAAUUAUCACAUGCUCGCAUUGGACACUUUUAACAUUUUAAAAGACGUGCAGAAUCAAGAACAUUAUUAGGAUGUGGGAAUGUUGGAAUUGUGGUGACAAUCAGUUUUCUGGCUCUCCGUCACUCAUGUGAGACUGGUUCUCAUCCUCCGUAGAUCUGAGCCAGGAUUCUCUUUAAAUGGAUAUUUGUUCAUACAAGUCCUGUAAAGUACUAAUAUCUUUGGACUCUAAGCAUUUAGAUGACGAGAUUAUCUUGUAUGUACGUUUUUAUUUGACUGCCAUGAGCAUUUUUCUUUUAAAUGUCCGCUGUGAUUGUAACAACUCAAGGUUUCGGUGGAUGGGUACAUACGUUGCUUUUCAUUUUUUUCACAUCCGGUAACUCCUGGAUGGAAAAGGUGAUCAUAGUUCAAGCACCUGUUUUAAUUUCACAAUUCCCCACAUGAAAAAAGUGAGGCCAGUUUUGUGUUGGAGAUUCCAGAGCCUUGUGAUCUAGAAGUUUGACUGUACUAUGCUGUGGGUUUGACAGUUUACUACCGUCACCACACUCCAGCUAGCAACACAUGCUAUCAAGACAGGGAGAGAAGAGGGAGGGAGGGGGGAAGUGUUUAAGAAUGAUACAGUUAUCAAUCGCAUUGUUCACAGAGACACGACGAGGUCGGAGUAAAAAUUCCUUACAAAUUUCAAACGCACCUUAGUUUUUUACUCCGAUGCUAUCUCUACAGCCUAUAACAUGUAGGUUUCAAUGAGAAUAUUACUUUUUUAUAAGACCAUUUGGGUGUUUUGUAAAGUCACGGGUUGGGCCAACAGGCAAGUGGUUGUUGGCUUUUUGUUGCUUAACUUAAGAUGAACAUUAGGUAGAGUAAAAAUUGAUCCAAACAUAGUUCAAAUCGAAGCGCAAUAUAUCGUGUUGUACGUCUUGGUAUACUGUUUUUGCGUAAACAGUUUUUGCCUUCUAAAGCAUAUCAUAAUGUGUAGUGAUUAUCUAUUGAGUGUUGUUAGUCGAUCAGCUGUAGAAUCCCCAUAUAAUGCUUCAACUUGAACAUUUGGGAAUUUUUAACCAUCUUUUUCUAACUAUGCAUUCUUAACCAAGAGAUUUUAGUGGUUUGUUUGUGUAUAUGAAUUUAGAAUGUUUGUAAUGUAGUCAAGUUGGGUACUUUUAGUAGUGUAUAUAGUGCAAACCCUGUACCCACUGUAGCAGUAUUAGGAUACAAAAUACUCUAUUUUUAAUACCAACAAUUGGAUGUUCUUUAUAUGGUUCUCAAUUAUUCCUUUUAGCCAAACAAGAUUACACACAUACUUGUAGUUAUUGUCCUACCGUAACUGAAGCACAAUGGGACAUAAUUGUAGGUGCUAGAGUCCUGAAACAUCAAUUUUGCAAAAUCUUGUUUAACCUCACCUUUUUAGCAAGAAUCUGGUCAGAGAAGUUCAUGGAUACGUUUGACUUUGGAUCUGCUGAAGUUUCUGACAUUUUGACCCUGAAAUGUUUCGGCCAAUGCAAAACCUAACAGACUGUGUAUAAAGGGGCAUUGUAGUUUGUCUUCACAUACUUGAGUUAUGUUGUUAUUAUUUGGCGCUGGUCUCGCAACCCGUGAAAGUCGAUGCACUUUGAAGAGCAAUGGACACAGACCCUUAGAUCUGGUGGAUGGAAACCUUCAUGUGGAACAUGAGUAUGUUUUCUGGGUGCAGUUGUGUUGAAAUGACUAGAUGUCCUACCUCUUGUUACCUGUUACUUGUGUUAUGGUAACAUUACCGCACUGGUCAUUUCUUCAUAAUUACACAAAUGGGAAAGUCUUAUUUGUGUCCCUCUGAAAGUUUCUUGAAUUUAGUGCUGUAGACCACAGAUUUUGCAACACUUGCUCUAACAUGGCAUUUUUUCCUUUUUCAUUGCUUCAGAGGCCAUGCGGUAUUUAGCGUAGAUAGCAUUGCCGUUUUUUAUGGAAAGCGUUUAAGCUAUAUAUUUAAAGCUAACAGUGAGUGAUGCAAGGUUCAUGAUCCAAAACUAUAUCAUUAACGAAUAAGUGGCUUAAUGCUUUAAACAAGCACCGUAUGCUAUAAAAACAUAAAUGUGUGAAUUUUAAUUUGAUCUGUCAUUUUAAAUUGCUGUGCGUUGUUGCUAUAUCCUUGUACACAUUUGAAUGUGUCUCAGCUUUUCUGUUUUUCUUCGCUUUUGAUUAGAGUAAGUAGUAUUUAUCAUUUGCCGUCAGGAGUCAUUGCUUAAACUACUAUAAAUAUUCUUUGGAAAAAAAUAUUUUCUUUUAGCAUAAACCUUUUCUCUUCAUCCUUAUGAACUGUUAGGUUACAGAUUUCUUUUAGUAUUUUACCUUAUUGAAAUCAGCACCUUAGUUAAAGGUCUUCAACAUAUGCAAUUUCUCGAAUAUGAAAUAUGACAUGUUUUUGCACUAUCAAAAGAGAUGUUACAAAUUUGCAUGCUGAUGGACAGAUUUUAAGGUUAGCGAGAUCUGAUCACCCUCCAUUUUUAGAAUGCAGAUGUAAGAAGGUCUUACACUAUGCAAACCUAGUUUUUCCAUCAAGAGCAGUUUCUUUUUUAUGUAUUGUUAAUAAAUUUAGAAAUUGUCCGAUUGUAUGUAAAGUAUAUGCCAUAUACCAAUUUGUAGAAUUACCCAUUUCAUUUUUUUAUUGAUUUUUCCGAUUUAACAGAUUUGUAUGGCUCAUUGUAAUGUUCAGAAAAUAUUUUUAUUAAAAUAAUUCAAUUCAAAUAUCUGUGCUUGCAUUUAAAGCAGAGGCUGAGGGUGGAGUACAGAACAUGGUGCUGAUUUUAUACAGACACAUUUUUUAUAGCAUCUAAGUUUUAGUUCGUAGGAGGCACAUUAGGUGUUCUGAUUGAAGUCUGUGUCUCAGAUUUUCCUCAAACCUUAGAAUUAUUUACCUGUCAAUGUUAUGCCAUUACCAUUACACAGACUUUAAUGGACGUCUCCUUCGUCUUUUCUAGAAAAAUGUCUUUUGCUGUUUGAUUGAAGCUUGUAUAUUGCUUGGUCUAGUGUCUUUCCAUUGCUGGGGUUACGGUGUCCACAUGCCUCUUUGCUUUACGUGGGGUUUAAUAUGUAAAACUAUGGCUGAAGACGAUAGCUUUUGCUGUUGGAUUUGUUACAUACAUGGAGUUUGGAUAAAAUCAGAUUGGAUUACCACAAUUGUAUUGUUAGUAAUACUAACAAUACAAUAACAGUUUCGAUGAGCCUGAUCUCAUCGAGAGCAUUUGACUUCACCUAUCAUCACUAGAUGAUGUCUUUUUAACCUUCAGAGAUUAUGUAUUUUUAGAACUUUGCACUAUGGCGUUCUGAAGCAGAAAUGUAAACCUCUUGACAUCAGUGGUAGUUUUGUUACUGUACUCUUUGCUUUUUACGUUCUUUAGGUGGCUAGAUUAGAAAUGCGCUGCCUUAUGACCUGCUUAUACCCCAAGGACACAAAUAAACUGUUUGAAUGUACUUAAUAUGCUUGCAAACUGGUUGGCACAUUCAUAUCAUCAUUCACACUUUGUUUUAUACAGCAUUGACGCAUUCGACUUAAUGAUGCAUAUUGUUUUCGUUUUUUAAUUAUGUCAUCAUUCAUGGUUGCGAUGUAAUGGAUGAACAGAUAUAAAAUGGCAUAAACGCAUGGGCAGUCGAUUCUGAAUUCACACUGGCUCAAAGAUCUUUGUAUCGCUGACAUUUGUGGUGCUGUACUGUAAAAAGUGUAAAAAAUUGUGCCGUUUCGUGUUGUUGCCACAUGUUGCUUUUAUGUUUGCCAGAAUUUCCAGCUAAAGUUUAAACCCAAUGGGGAGCUAUAGUAAAUGUCCAUGUUUAUAUUUCAACCCAAUAGGCCAAAUUCUUUUUUUUACCAGCAAAUAUUUGUCAAUGUUCCGCUAAUCAUGACAUUGGUGCUUGUGUUCACCAGUUACAAUUUUUUUUUAUUACAGGUCAAUGGCCAGUCAGCUAGUUUGUUCAUUGGGCAUGACAGUGUACAAUUUUUCCAAUUACAAUUUCCGUCAUCAGAGCUCUCGUUGAAAAGUUUAACCAAACCGGUUGCGAAGUGUACAAGUAUCUGAAAGUAUUCUGUCAUAAGCACAGUACUGUUAGUUGUAAUUUUACAGGCUAAUACGUUAUUUAUUAAACUAUGAGCAUGCAUGUCAGAUGAAAAAAUGAUUUAUUGAGAGCAUCUUCAUAACCUGGCUUUUUAAACCAAGUUUUAAAACUACCUCAAAACGGUGUCAGGUGCUAACAUUAAAUAUCCCUUGUGCUCAUGGCAAAUAACAAUAAUUGUGACCAAACGACACAAGCCUAUACUGUGUGUAUUAAGUGUUUCGUUGUGUCUCAUUUUUAUAGAAAGUGUGUGGUGGAUCAACAUGAGGAAUGUUUCAGCAUUUAAUAAAAAUGGCAGGGGACCAAAAUACGACAAGUUUCCCUUUUUAAAAUGUAGUGAUAUAAAAUAGUCAUCAGCUUUUAGAGGACUGUAAAGUUGUAGUUUGUCUUCAUGCGCUGGCCUUUGUUUGUUAUUAUAUACAUAUGGAUUCGGGCUGAGAUAAUUGCCAAAUGAAAACUGAGGUUGAUGUCGUUUCUUCAGACUGGGGCCUUUUCUAGACCAGGUCUAGAUAAGGAGUCGAUCUUUUGAUUUGGGUCAAUGUCAAUCCCAUGCCCAUCACUAGCAUUGUGCCAUAUCAUGGAUAACAUACUGGACAGGAAAUGUCCACCGACCACUGCUCUGUGUUUUAAUAUAUUUAGACCACAUUUUCCUAUGAAGCAGCUCAUCAACCUGUGUCAAAAGGCAAUCAUUGAGUUUUUAAUGUGCUACAGUUUAUACUUGAUUCUUCUACUUGAUUUACAUCCAGUAUUGCAAUAAAGAGACGUUUGGCACUCAUUAGAUCGAUCUGGUUUAUGAACUUCCACAGGAAGGGUGGGGUCAGGUCUCAGAUAAGCUAUUUGUAUUUAAACCUCUUCAUUUAAGAUUUUGGAGUGCUGACUAUUUGCAAUCGAUGCGUUUUUACGUUGCUACAUUUUAUGAAGGGAAUUCAGUUUUGAUUCGAUAUCUCUCAGACUCUGUUUAUGGAUGUUACAAUCCAUUCUGAUACACUGGCAUUUGCGUUUCUUGAGAGACUUUGAUUUGAAUUAGUAUGGUACAAAGGAGGUUGUAUGGAAAUGAAAUCUAGAUUCUUUUUUUCAUUAGUAAUCUUCGAAACGUCCAGCGUGUUUUUUUUUUUUGUACGUGUGCCUUUUCAAAUCUAUCCCGCCCCUAACCGAGGGACUGUCCUUUUAAUUUGAUGAUCAGCGCCACAUGAAAUAAUUUGUACAUUUAUCAUGCAACCUUGGGUGAAUGCUGCAUAGAAUGAUCAGUAUUUGUAUUUUGCACUUUCUAAGCAGUUUAAAGGAUGCCCUCUGUAAUUGGGCAAACAGACUAAGAAUAUUUAAGACGAGGUAUUUUCUGCUACAAUAGGAAUUCUAAGGAACCAUAUGACUUGUUGGUCUUUUCGAAAAUAAAGUGUAUAGAUGUGAAGUACCUCAAAAGCCUGAUAAAUGCUGCAUAAACUUCAUUUAUUGUUGUUUUGUGAACCUCAUCUUUCAGACAUUGCAAACAAUUUCCCCUGUAGGGAGGUUUGAUGGCCACACAAUGGUGUGCAAGCACCUUUGAAAUGAAUUACUGCAACCUUCUUUAAAACUGAUUUCUACCACAUUUAGUUGAUGGCUGAUAAGCGUUUCGAUGGUGCACACUGCACAGAGAACGCAAUCCUGACAUUUUUAGUACAUCUUGAUUUACAGUCAUUCAUUGAAAUGAUACAAUGUUUCUGUUACCAGGCAUAACUUUAGCAUUGGCCAGUUCAUCACAAUUAUUGGAUUUGUAGUGACGUCUUGUAGUCAAGUUCUGGUUGACUCAGGUAUUGCCAUUAAGGGCUGUAUCUGUUAAUGCCUCUUCCACAAAUUCCCUCACCUGUGUCUUAAUGUAGCCUUAGAACUGCAUUUAUGGAAAAAUCAUGAUGGAGAAUAUCUGGCCUUAAAAUAUGCACUAAUAACCACAACAUGCAAAUCACUACACAACAAGGCCAUAUGUUUUUGCCAUAAAACUACCUCCUAGGAAUGUAGGAGUGUCCUGGAACAGCCAGAUGGUGUCUUUUAGUUUUUUUUAAAUAGUACUCCGUAAACUGACAAUCAUCCUCAGUUUUUUUCUUAUGCCAUAGCAAAUUUGUAAUUAGUUCUCUGAAUUACAUAAUUCCGGGACACUCCAGUUUAUUUUAUAUGGUUUGGUUUGCUGUUUUAUUUUAUAUGGUUUGAUUUGCUUUUUUAUUUUAAAAGACCGUCUUCAUGUUUGCCAUGAAAGAGCCAAGCGACCAAAGUUUCUAUUCGAAGGUUUUCUUGCACUCAUGGCCUCAAACCUCCCUUUCACGUUAGCAAUUUUUCUCUGUUUAAUCUUGUGUUUGCUCCUUUAUAACAUGCCAAAUUACAUUUGCUGUCAUUCCUGUCAUGGUUUAGUCUUUAAUUUCUCAUACAUGUUUUUUUUUUGCAUUCACUGCUAAGCUCCUUGUCGUUGUUUCUUGUUAAUGUAAAGUGUGAGCUCCAAUUUUUUUUAACAAAUAUUACAAACCAAGAUAUGCUGUAAACCCUGCUAAGACAUAAUGUGAAAACGUAUCAUUUAAUAUAGCUCACUUUCGCUUGACUGUGUAUUGCAUCAUUUAAUAAAAUUAAUUUCAUCUGACUCUUGUAUGUUUUUU